AUGGCAACACAAAAGGUUAAUAAAGAUCGUCUUUUUUUAACUCGACUUUCAGAAACUUAUAAAUGUCGAUCUGGUGAUAAUGUACUUCUUGAAUGUUAUCUUCGUUAUCAACGUAUUAAAUCUAUUGCAUGGUAUGCAAAAGGUGAACAUGUUGAUACACGAGGUGUGCGUAUAUGGUAUCAAUAUGUACCAACUACAGGUCAAUGUAUACUUUAUAUACGGUCUGUUAAUUAUGGUGAUGAAGGUUCAUACUGUUGUCAAGCAACAAGUAUUGAUAAUGUUGUUGAAACAUUAGAAAUUAAAAUAAAGAUUGAUAAUUCUGAUAAAACUUGGACUAAAAUUCCAAUACUUCAUAUGGCUGGACGAGUUAUGCCCGGUGACGUUAAACAAUUGAUUGCCAGUUGUCAAACAUAA